CAGCGGAUACGGGGGUCCUAAUGUAUUCCAAACCCACGAAGAAACGCUGAGUGGUGCCAUCGCGAUAGCUGACGAAAAUGUGUGCUUCAUUUCAGGCGGGAAUUCUUGUCGUGGGCGCUCGGCUGCGUACGAUCCCCUCGUGCGGAAAGCGUUUCCGGAACCGCGUGGGUCUGCGCUGGUGGAAGGGAGCGCUCGGCGUGUCCCGCUGCUUUGCCACACACAGAGAGCCAAAACCCCGGGACGGGAGCGCUUCCGAGAGAUGGCCGGCCAAACCCGAAGAGCUGGGCCGUUCCGCUCCUUCUCGGCACACCCCCCUGCAGAAAUCUAGCGGCGAAGACUCGGAGCCCUUCCGGAUGAUUUAUUACUUCCCAGCCAUCAGGGCUUGCCGAGCCCUUUCGAGGGUGAAGUUGGCCCAAACCGGUUUCACCGUAUUGGCUCUCCCGGCGGCUUGGGUCCUUUACGGGCAAGAUCUGUUGGCUCUGAACGUUUGCCUGUACGCCACCGGCAUCGCCGGCUUCGCCCUGGCCAUGCUCUACGCGAUGAGCUUCUAUCUCCGGCGCAUCAUCGGCAUGAUGUACCUGAGCCGGGACGACACCCUGUUAAAAGUAUCGCACCUGACGUUCUGGGGCCGGCGGAAGGACAUCUACUGCCCCGUCGAGACGGUGAUGACCUUGGCGGACGUCGGCGAACACAAGAACAAAGUGUUCCUGCGCUUCAAGCAGUACAACAUGAGCCGUUUUUUGUAUUUUACCCUCCGCUUUGGGCGGGUCGUGGACCAAGAGGGGUUUCUGCACGUGUUUGGUGAACUUUAAGAAUUUGGGGAGGGAAGGGUUGCUGGGGAUCAACUCUUUUGAGGGCCAAUGGGUUCUGUA